AGUUAUAGGAUAAUUGUAGAAUUUGUUUGUGUGGGUGAUACUCACUUUUGGUCCCUUUAUUAAAAAACAUUAGAGAUAGAAAUUUGCAAUUUUAGUAUAAUUCAGUGACUAGAAGUGUACACAAAAACACAAAAAGUGAAUACCAAUAAUAAUAACUUAGGACAAAAAGUUUCUAUCACCAACACUCAAAAAGAAAUUUUACAAUUACCCUAUAACUUAUGAUAUGAUAUAGAUGAAUGACGGCGCCAACUAACCUACCAUGAUGAUUCCGCUUAAACAAUUUCAAAAGUUACUGCAGCGGAUAUGGGGGAACUGGAACAUCCAUGCCAUUGUUGUGGCAAGUCUUGGGUUCCAGUGCGUGCUGGAAUUCGUUGCGCCGUUGAGAAAAAGGAGAAAGAAAGUGCCGACCCACCUCACAAUCUGGUGUGCCUAUUUACUUGCCGACUACUUUGCCACCUUCGGCAUAGCCCUCAUCAAUAGCAACUCCAACGAGGAAGACGCCCCCGGCGACCAAUCCUCCCUCCUGGAGGCUUUCUGGGCACCCUUCCUCUUGCUCCACUUGGGUGGCCCCCACGCCAUCACCUCCUUCAACAUAGAAGACAACAACUUAUGGCACCGCCCACUCCUCACCCUCAUUGUUCAGUCUUUCUCCGUUCUCCUUGUUUUUUACCGCUACAAAAUCUACCGCCACCGCUGCUUAGCCAUCUCCGCCGGGAUUGUGUUCUUCGCCGGAAUUGUCAAGUACGCUGAACGGAUCCACUCCCUUUUCCUGGCAUCUGUGCCCCAUAUGAGGAGGUCAAUGCUCGAAAACAAUUCUUCUUCUUCUUCUUCUUUAAGUAAGGAAACGGAGGAGGCGUUGGUGGCGAAUAAUCCGGACAAAAUGGAGAUCAUCCACAGCGGUUACAUAUACUACAAACUCUUCAAAGGAUUCAUCUUGGAUCAUGCGUUUAUCCACAUUGAGGAUAAACUAAAGGCGGUUAAGAAGGUGUUUUUGGAGCUAAAACAUCCUGAGACCGCGUAUAAAAUCCUGGAAAUGGAACUCAACUUCAUGUAUGACUCCAUGUUCACCAAGAUGGCUGCCGUCCAGUGGAUAAGUUCAAUCGAAUAUGCAUACCGAUUUGUGGUUCAUGGUUUACUUGUAGCGGUGACCAUCACGUUUUACUUGUGUGACAAGUCCCGAGCUAGUUCUAUUCACAUCUCUAUUACCUACAUCUUGCUGGGCGGUGCAGUUGUGUUAGACUUGGUGUCUAUUGUGAAGCUGGUUUGCUCUGAGUGGACUGUAGCUCUAAUGAUGGAGAAGCCCAGUGAAGAGAGAAAGUGGAUAAUGAAAGGCAUCAACACUAUAAACACAUGGGGUUCGUCCACAAAACGUUGGUCCAAAGAAAUCCGACAAUACAGCUUGAUCAACCACUCCUUUAAGCAACGGUGGAAACCGUUGGACAAAAUAAUCAACCGCUCCGGCCUCAUCAGAGAGAAACUUGAUGCGUGGCAGUACACUACAAUUCAGCCGGUUGGGAACGUCCUGCUCAAGCGGCUUUUCCAUGCCAUCAACAACAAGGCAAAUCAGCAGCAGCAGGAGGAGGGAACACAGACUAAAGGCCAGGGCGGCGGUGAUGAACAACCUCCGAAGGUUCAUCAUGAAUACGACAAUUGUGUGUUAAUUUGGCAUGUUGCUACGGAGAUAUGCUAUUUCACCGGACAACCUGCGAAAAUAAAAGAUCCAAAUAAUAGACAAUAUGCAGAAAUAUUUCGGAAUAUUUGGUGUACUUUCUGGUAAUGGAGGGGAAACUCACGUCCACAGUCCCCGGAAACAUAGGGUUGAGAUUCAAAGACAUAUGCUGGGAAGAAGUUCAACACACCAUUAAUGAAAUUGUGGACGGGUUGUCCAAAACAAGAUUUUGGGAAGAAGAUAGAUGUAAAAGGAAGCGCACAAGGUGGGAAAAACUGAAAA